CAACCCGGCCGCUCCCCGCUCCCUCCCCAAGCUCCCGCGCCCUCUCCCGGUGCUCCCCGAGCCCUGUGCGGUGCCCGCACCCCCGAUCCCGGUGCCCGCCGCAUCCCCCGGGCCCGGCCGUGCUGCAGCCCCGCUCGGGGCCCCGUUUCUCCCGCACCGCCUCCCGCCGCGGCCUCCACAGCCCCGGCUGCUUCCCGGGGCCGCCCGGGCCCCGUUCCGCCCGCACCCCGCGGCUGCCCCAAGCACCCCGUGAUUUUUGGGCACCGCCGCGGAUUCGGGGCGGUUUCGCCCCGGUUUGGGGGGGUCUCCUCCCCUGGCGAGGUGCGGGAUGGAGGAUUUGGAGCCUGGAGUUGCUAAGCGACGGCUCCCGGGGUGAUGGUGCAGUUGCCUUGGCAACCGUGGGCUGGGAGCCUGGAAGGAGCAAUUUUGGGGUUCUCCUUGGGGGGGGUGUGGGUGUGAAUUGGGUGCCCGUGCUUUGGGUGGGGGGCUGCAGCAGGCAGGGAGAGCAGCUUUGGGGGGGCUGCUGGCUGGAGCAGCCCUGCUCCUCUGGGAAGAGCUUUUCCUUCGGGGGGAACUCCGAUCCCUCGGCAUCUCGGGUUAUUUUUACUCUGCGGUGGAUUUUGGAGCUGUUUCCAGGAGAGCAGUGAUGGUGGGGAAGGUGAGGAGGGGACUUGAAAAGGUUCAGCCCCUCCUGGGGUGGUGUCGUGGGUGAGGGGCUGUGACACCCCCACCGUGGGGCCAGGAGAGCUCCCCAAGGAGGUUCUGCUUUCCAGACCCCCCUUUUUAUCGCUGCUGCUGCUUCCCCCUCUUCCCCUCCUCACGGCAGGCACUGAUCCCACAGGGAUUUAGCCCUUAAUUCCCGUGAGGCACCAGACUUUGCGAGCUGGCUCGGCUGGGGGUGGGCUGAGCUCCCCACGAGGGACAAACAUCCCAAGUGCCAACUGCCGUUGUCAUUCCUGUGCCUUCCCCCUCCAUCCCAACCAGCUCGGCUGACUCGGGAGCACGGCCGGGCCUAAAAAUAACCACAGCAAAGCUCCCCGAGCGCUCACACCCCCCUCCCCGGAGAUCUCCCGGUCCUUCAGAGCCCAGCUGGUCCCUGGGAGGAGCAGGGGACAGGGGACGGCAGCAGAGGGGGAUGGAAAUGGGUUUUGAGGGGCUAACGGGGAAGGAGCCCACCUGCCCUGCCGCUGCUCCUGGUUUGCAAUGCCCUUUGGGAUGAAUUCCCUGCAUCCCAAAGGAUGGAGGGGGCGUGGAAUGCGGCGACAGCUACUCGGAGAAGUUUAACUCGGGACCAGCCCGGUGUGGAAGCGCUGGCACCCGGAGUGACCUGGAUUUGUGCCACCUGCCUUUGCCUCCUGCUGCCCUCGGGGCUGGUGGCUCGGUGCUGCCCCGGGAUCCAGGUCCCAAUUAAUGGAUUCUGACAUGGAUUAUGAGAGGCCAAACGUAGAAACCAUCAAGUGCGUCGUGGUCGGGGACAACGCGGUGGGCAAGACCCGGCUCAUCUGUGCCCGUGCCUGCAACGCCACCUUGACCCAGUACCAGCUGCUGGCCACCCACGUGCCCACGGUGUGGGCCAUCGACCAGUACCGCGUCUGCCAGGAGGUGCUGGAGCGCUCCCGGGAUGUGGUAGACGAUGUCAGCGUGUCCUUGCGCCUCUGGGACACCUUUGGUGACCACCACAAGGACAGGCGCUUUGCCUACGGCAGGUCCGACGUCGUGGUUUUGUGCUUCUCCAUCGCCAACCCCAACUCCCUGCACCAUGUGAAGACCAUGUGGUACCCGGAGAUCAAGCACUUCUGCCCCCGCGCCCCCGUCAUCCUGGUGGGCUGCCAGCUCGACCUGCGCUACGCCGACCUGGAGGCCGUCAACCGCGCCCGGCGACCCUUGGCCAGGCCAAUUAAGCCUAAUGAGAUCCUUCCCCCGGAGAAGGGCAGGGAGGUCGCCAAGGAGCUGGGGAUCCCUUAUUACGAGACGAGCGUGGUGGCCCAGUUCGGCGUCAAGGACGUCUUUGACAAUGCCAUCCGCGCCGCCCUCAUCUCCCGCCGCCACCUGCAGUUCUGGAAGUCCCACCUGCGCAACGUGCAGCGGCCCCUGCUCCAAGCCCCCUUCCUGCCCCCCAAGCCCCCUCCUCCCAUCAUCAUCGUCCCGGACCCCCCUUCCAACAACGAGGAGCGUCCAGCUCACCUUCUGGAGGACCCCCUGUGCGCGGACGUCAUCCUGGUGCUGCAAGAGAAGAUCAAAAUCUACGCACACAAGAUCUACCUCUCCACCUCCUCCUCCAAGUUUUACGACCUGUUCCUCAUGGACCUGAGCGAGGAGGACCAGCAGAGCACCGCGGGGCACGGCUUCGGGGUGGCUGUCACCGCGGCCGCCGAGCGGAUGCUGCACCAGGAGGAGAGGCACCACGGGCGGGAUUUCCUCCUGAGGGCCGCCAGCUUCGACAUCUGCGAGAGCGCCGAGGAGGCCGGACCCGGCCAGCGCAAACCGUGCCUUAGAGCCUCCACCAGUGACGGGAUCCUGCGGGGCGACCGCUACGAGAACGGCGAGCGCGGGCUGCGCCGGGGCCGGAACCUCUCCUCGUGGAGCAGGGCCUUCACCAGCAUCCAGGAGGAGAUGGCCGAGGACCCGCUGACCUACAAGUCCAAGCUGAUGGUGGUGGUGAAGAUGGACGCGUCCAUCCAGCCGGGUCCUUUCCGGGCCGUGCUGAAGUACCUGUACACGGGCGAGCUGGACGAGAACGAGCGGGACCUCAUGCACAUCGCUCACAUCGCCGAGCUGCUGGAGGUGUUCGACCUGCGCAUGAUGGUGGCCAACAUCCUCAACAACGAGGCGUUCAUGAACCAGGAGAUCACCAAAGCCUUCCACGUCCGGAGGACCAACCGGGUGAAGGAAUGCCUGGCCAAGGGGACUUUCUCGGAUGUCACCUUCGUGCUGGAUGACGGUGCUAUCAGUGCCCACAAGCCCCUGCUCAUCUCCAGCUGCGACUGGAUGGCCGCGAUGUUCGGCGGCCCCUUCGUGGAGAGCUCCACCAACGAGGUGGCACUUCCUCACACCAGCAAGAGCUGCAUGCGGGCCGUGCUGGAGUACCUGUACACGGGGCAGUUCAGCUCCAGCCCCGACCUGGACGACAUGAAGCUCAUCAUCCUGGCCAACCGCCUCUGCCUGCCGCACCUGGUGGCUCUCACAGAGCAGUACAUGGUCACCGGCCUGAUGGAGGCGGCGCAGAUGAUGGUGGACAUCGACGGGGACGUGCUGGUGUUCCUGGAGCUGGCUCAGUUCCACUGCGCCUACCAGCUCGCCGACUGGUGCCUGCACCACAUCUGCACCAACUACAACAACGUCUGCCGCAAGUUCCCCCGGGACAUGAAGGCCAUGUCGGGAGAGAACCAGGAGUACUUCGAGAAGCACCGCUGGCCGCCGGUGUGGUACCUGAAGGAGGAGGAUCACUACCAGCGGGCGAAGAAGGAGCGGGAGAAGGAAGACUACCUCCACCUCAAACGGCAGCCCAAGAGGCGGUGGCUCUUCUGGAACGCCUCCUCCUCCCCUUCUUCCUCUCCUUCAUCGUCGGCAGCCACAGCCUCCUCUUCCUCCUCCUCCUCCUCCUCCUCGGCUGUGGUUUGAAAGCCCCGUCCUUGCCCUGGCCCCAGCGUCGCUGGGAGGAGACGGGGAGGAGGAGGAGGAGGAGGAAGGGUGGGAUGCCCUGCCCCAGCGCCGGGCACGGAGGGCACUGGCCCCGCAGCAGACGGGCUCAGCCCUGCUCUCCCCGCGGCAGGACUGGCAGAGCCCGAGCAGCAGGAGAAACUCACGUUUACAGGAGCACGAGGGCUGUGUUGUGGUUUCAUUUCACGUGGAAUUUUUGUUGGAAAUCAGUUUUGUUUUUCGGAACAUCAUCAGCGUGAGGAAGACGAAGAUGAAGAAGAAGAAACACAUCCAGCUUCCACUUUGAUUUGGAACCAGAAGCUCUGGGAUGUGCUUGGGGUGUCUGAUGGCAUCUCACCACCUGGAGCCACCGUGGGGGUCCUGCCACCCCCUUGGACUGACAGCAGGGUCAGCACAGGGCAGGGGACCCCGGUCCCCAAAUGCCUCCAGGCACUGCAGGAUUUCCUCUACAAGUGGGGUCUGUCCUAAUUCAGGGCACGGAGGGGACUGGAGUCCCCUCCUCCCUGUUCUUAACUCUUCAGUUUUGUUUAGACAGAAACUUAAAGCAAAAAAAAACCCCAAACCCAAACCCACUCCCUCAAUCUGCCACACCAGAAACCAACCCCGAGCCCUCGGCUUGGGAUUUUAGCCUGGAAGGCUCCAUUGUAAUAAAUGGUAUUUUAAAAGCCCGGCGUGGUCCCUGUGUGUGUGGGAGGAGCAGCUGGACUGGCACGCCCUUGUGCCAGGCUCGGGGUGAUGCCAUCACCCCCUGCCAGCGCUCCUGGGACGGGCAGGGACAUCGAGGCCUGGCAGGACCCAAACCCUGGCACAACACGAGGUGGCUUUUCCAUAGGACUAACUCUGCCUGUCCCACCUGUGUCCCUGCAGGGCUGCCAGGCUGGGCAGGGGGCACCCAGACCUCCUCACCCUUGGGAGGGAGAGCUCCUUGGAGCCCAUCCCGGCAGAGGCUGCUGCUGGAGGAGCCCCGGGGAUGCUCCCGGGGGUGUCCCCUCACACCCCACACUGCUCCUCGUCCCAGCUGGCCUCUGGAGCACCCUGGAGCCUGCCCUUGUGCAUGCCCGCCCGCAGCCUCGGAGGCAGGAGCGAGGUGGCUCCUCGCCCUGUUCUGUCCCGUGGCAGCCCCAGCCAGCAGGUAGGACCACGGCUUUCUGUCCUCCUCACACAACCCGGGCACUCGCCGCUGCUUCCGAGGCCUGUCUGCCUUGCCCAGGCCAGGACCCGAGCCCUGGCACUGAACCCUGCAUGUGCCUGGCUCUGCAGGAGCCCCUGGCAUGCUCAGGGGGCACAGGGGGAUGCCCGGGGGAGCCCCUGGGCACGAACCCCCCGGGCAGGUCACCAACAGCUCCUGCUUGUCACCCCAGCUCUUAGAAAUGCCCUCGGCGGUGCAGGGGCAGGGGAGCAGUUUCUGGGGGCUGAGCAGAGCCCUCUCCUCACUAAGCACUGCAUGGAUUUGCAACACAGCUACUGCAACACACAGAGCCCUGGCUGGAGGAGCCGCAGCCCCCGGGCAGCGCCGCCGCUGCCCCCGCUCCCGGCACGGCUGGCACCCCCUGCUCUGCACGGGGCUCUGUAGGGUCAGUAAGGCCAGGAUGGCUGCUGAGGGCUGUCCCUGGCACAAAGGACUCCUGGGGACCAUUCCUGGGGUGGCUGAGCAUUAAUUCCGUGGGCUGAGUCCUCAGUGCCACAUGGAGCAACUGGUGUCCACUGGGACCCUGGACCUUGGUGUCCCUUGAGACCCCAGAGAGGCCCUCACCAGAGUUCUGGGGGGAAAACAAAUCAAACCAGAUGACAAAAUCAGGAGGAAUUUUUUUUUUUAAAGUUGAACCUUCAUAAACAGAGAAAUGUAACAAACUGGAAAAGUAAAACUGGCUGGGCCAGAGCUCUGUAAAAAACACACGACCAUGCAUAACAAAAUACCAAUAUUUUUAUAUUGCAUAUAUUAACUUAAAAGCUAUGUUUACAAUUGCUAAAUAAAUAAGUACAAAAUUUC